AUGGGAGCCAGCAGACAGAAGAAGGCGGAAUACUUCCCCAAGCUCAAGGGCUUGCUCGAGGAGUACCGCUCUGUUUUCCUCGUCACCGUCGACAAUGUCAGCUCGCAGCAGAUGCACGAGAUCCGACAGUCUCUCCGUGGAGAGGCUGUCGUCCUGAUGGGAAAGAACACUAUGGUUCGUCGUGCCCUCAGGACCUUCAUCGCCGACACCCCCGAGUACGAGCGUCUCCUUCCCCACGUCAGGGGCAACAUCGGUUUUGUCUUCACCAACGGUGACCUCAAGACUAUCCGUGACAAGAUUUUGUCCAACAAGGUCGCUGCCCCCGCUCGUGCUGGUGCCGUUGCGCCGGCUGACGUCUGGGUCCCCGCUGGCAACACUGGUAUGGAACCCGGCAAAACCUCUUUCUUCCAGGCUCUCGGUGUCCCUACCAAGAUUGCCCGUGGUACCAUCGAAAUUACCACCGACUUGAAGCUCGUUGAGUCUGGUAGCAAGGUCGGUCCUUCCGAGGCCACCCUACUCAACAUGCUCAACAUCUCCCCCUUCACUUAUGGUCUGGGCAUCUCGCAGGUUUACGACCAGGGCAACACUUUCCCUCCCAGCGUUCUCGACAUCAGCGAGGACCAGCUUCUCAAGACUUUCACCAGCGCGAUCACUACCAUCGCUGCUUUGUCGCUUGCCUUGAACUUCCCUACUCUGCCCUCCAUCAUCCACUCUCUCGUCAACAGCUACAAGAAGGUCCUCGCCGUCGCCGUCGAGACCGACUACAGCUGGCCCGAGAUCGAGCAGCUCAAGGACCGCAUCGCCAACCCCGAUGCUUACGCCUCCGCCGCCCCGGCUGCUGCUGCCGAGACUUCGGGAACUGCCGCCGCCGCCGAGGAGGAGAAGAAGGACGAGUCCGAGGAGGAAUCUGGUGACGAGGGUUUCGGUGGUCUCUUUGACUAA